AAUCCCGUGCCUCGGUAGUGUCUCUGGACUGUAGCUCUGGACCUUGUCCAUACUUGACUUCACCUCGGACCGUGUCAUCGCGUCAAACCGAAACGUUGAUUGUUUUUUUUUGUGGCAGCUAGCCUAAACUUUGGUUUUAAAUAUCAGCUCUGUGUUACAUUGAACGGGAAGGACACAAAUAAGGAGAAUGUCGGAUUUCGACAGCAACCCGUUCGCGGACCCGGACCUCAGCAGCCCGUUUCAGGAUCCAUCAGUGACCCAAGUAAGACAGGCGGCUCCUCCUGGGCUGGAGGAGUACAAUCCCUUCACAGAUGCCAAACCAGCGCCUGCGGGUACGGCGCCCAAGGCUGCUGCACCCACCAUCAACACACAACCCGCCAUCAUGAAGCCCACAGAGGAGCCUCCGGCCUACUCGCAGCCUCAGGCGCAGGGGCAGACGCGAGCAGCUGCUGAGCUCCUGAGGCGACAGGAGGAGCUGGAGAGGAAGGCUGCAGAGCUGGACCGCCGGGAGAGAGAGAUGCAGUCACUCAGUGCUUCAGGAGGCAGGAAAAACAACUGGCCCCCCCUCCCGGAGAAGUUCCCCGUGGGCCCCUGUUUCUACCACGACAUUACUGUGGACAUCCCUGUAGAGUUUCAGAAGACGGUCAAGAUCAUGUACUACCUCUGGAUGUUUCACACUGGGACGCUGCUGGCUAACAUGGUGGGCUGCCUGGCCUGGUUCUGUGUGGAUGCAACACGCGGGGUGGACUUCGGCUUGUCCAUCCUCUGGCUGCUGCUCUUCACCCCCUGCUCGUUCGUCUGUUGGUACAGACCGCUUUACGCAGCGUUCAGGAGUGACAGCUCAUUCAGGUUUUUCAUUUUCUUCUUCGUGUACAUCAGUCAGUUCGCCAUCUACGUUAUCCAGUGUAUUGGCAUCGCUGGUUGGGGCGCAAGUGGGUGGAUCUCGGCUUUGACCGGCCUGAAUCGCAGCAUCCCAGUGGGCAUUAUCAUGAUCCUCAUCGCUGCUCUCUUCACGUCGCUGGCUGUCAUGUCCCUCAUCAUGUUCAAAAAGGUCCAUGCGAUGUACCGGACCACCGGCGCCAGCUUCGAGAAGGCCCAGCAGGAGUUUGCAACAGGCGUCAUGACCAACAAGACGGUCCAGACGGCCGCCGCUAAUGCCGCCACCAGGGCUGCACAAGGAAACUUCAAGGAGCAGAUCUGAUUGGCCCAGAGAGCUCCCUCAUCCCUCCGUCCACCCUCCGUCCACCCCCCUCCCCCUCCUCCCCCUCCCUCCUCCGUCCACUUCUCACAAACGCAGCACCCAGCUUCGACUGAGCCCAGUGCCCUGUUUGAACACGCAGAGAGUCGUCUAACCUUCUGACAAUGUGGGAGUGGUUUUAUGUAACGGCAGUACAGUCACCUCUGAUCUGAGAUCUGAGUGUGAGAGAGAAAAACCACAACUGGGAUCAUUCAAACAGGGUCACAGCUCUGUCCCGCUGUCCUCCUCCACCUCCACCUGCCCCCCGGCAACAUUGUACAUUCUCAUCUCUGACUCUGGGAACCCCUCAUCUACGCUGCACUCCCACCACUCAACCAGCGUUGAUCAACUUUAUUUUUUUGUGUGGGUGUGUGUGUGUGUGUGUGUGUGUGUGUGUGUGUGGCCAAGUAAAUGCAUAUUUGUGUGCCUGUUUAAACGUCGGUGCCGCCUCCAGGCCUGUAUGUCCAAGUUCGACUUUCUGAAGUUGCAGGGGGCGUUUCCCACCAUCAGCUGUCUCAGAAGUUGUGUGUGUGUUCAGGCCUUUCUUUAAUUUAUCAACCUUAAUCGUUACUUCCUGUUUUAAAAAUUAAUUUAUUAUUGGACAAUUGGAAGUCAUCUCGUGCUCUCUAGUUGUCGCUGAAUGCACACGCAGCAGAUUUACUUUUUGCUGUUUUCCAUGAGUACAUAACUGAACACUGCUGCCCCCCAGUGGAGGGAGGUUGUAUUGUUGAAGAUGAAUGCUGUGCAUUCCAGUUCACUGCCUUGCCUUCUAGUGUUUGCUUUCCUCAGAAUUGGGUUUUCAGAGAGUGUGUCGUCGUGGUCCUUAAAGUGAUGCUUCACCCAAAGUCUCAUCUGUUAAGUGUCAAACACUCCCCCCUUAUAGACUGUGGGGCUAAUGAUUUUUGCUGUGUCUAAUAAUCUACCGGUUAAUUAUUAAGUCAUUAUGUUUUAUGUCCGUCCAUCCAUUCUCUCCGUUCUUGUAAAUGCCAAAUCUCAGUAACGCCGCGAGGGAACAUCUUCAAAUUUGGCACAAAUGUUCAUUUGGACUGAAAGAUGAACUGAUUAGAUUUUGGUGGUGAAAGGUGAAAGGUCAAGGUCACUGUGACCUCACAAAGCGCAAAUUCAUACACUAAUUAUGACGCAGUUUAGCUAAAUGUCUAUAAGGAAUAAAGUGAAGUGAUGACAUCUUCAGUGUGACAUCAUAAUGUUUUGUGAAAACACUAACUCAUGAUUGUGAUCAUAUUUCCUGUAACUUGGCUGGCGGCGGUAAACAAACCACAGGGCGAUAAUUCUCCUGAUAACUCCUGCAGUGUUCGAUACUUAAACCUUUUUAAUUUUGGGUGCAAUAUCACUUUAAAGUUUGCUCUCAAGUAUCUUUUUUUUUUUUUUGCUUGAAAUCUUUUGCCUACAAUGAGCUACAUAUCCAUCGUGAAAUCUCACCAAGUUGCACUUUAAAUCCGGUCAUUCGACUUAAAUGAAAGGAUGUUUAUAACGACGGCUUCACGCCUUCCCGCUUCAUUAGUGUAAUCCAUACGUCUGACACGCACCAGCUGAGUUCAGCAAAGUUUCUACAUCGAGCCUUCCUUCGGUGUCAUUUCCUCAAACAGGAACGAAUGAAUGGCACUGUUAACACACACUAAAGAGAUCCACUACUCUGUAUAUACGGCUGCAUGUUUAUACAGUUCUGAAGAGGAAAGUCGAACUCGUCUCCAGCUUCUCUCGCGUUCUGGAGAUUUACCUCACUUGUACUCAGGAUGUACUCUUCACUUGCAUGACGAGGUUAAAAAAAUUAUACCAGAUUGUACAAAAUUAAGACACAGAUUGGCCCCUUGGAGUUAAAUAUACGUGUUGUAAAUGAAUAUAUUGCAAUAAAACAUGAUAGAAAUGGCCAGUAAUGUCUAUGAUUGCUUGCUUAUUCAUAAUUUGAGAGUUGUGGGUCGACUAUCACUGAACUCCAACCACAAUCAGAAGCAUCAGAUCUGAAGACGUGACGGGGUCAUUCUUCUUAGUCUCCUUUCUUUCCAGCGUCAUUUCAAAAUACUGAAUCGAAUGUGUCUUUUUCUAAACACUGUACGAGUCUGUCGCAUCAGUGGGAGCUGCGAAAGCAGCUGUUCACCGUUUUUGAAUGUGUCUGAUUUCUCUGUCUGUUGUGCGUCAUGUUUAAGCCAGUGAAGCCUUUGUGAGUGUGUGAUGUGUAGGAGUGUAAACAGAGGGGAAAUGGGGCCUUUUAAGUCUUAAUCUGUUUGCAGGGCAGAGUCUGGGAUGAGACUUUUCUACUUUUAAAUCUGCUGAAGCUUCCUGCAACAUGCUCGUUUUGUUUUGUUUUUUUUUGCCUUGUCUUUAUUUCACACUGGCUUAAUUAGGACAAGUACAUGUCUAAGCCUAAGUACAUUUAAUGUAUGUACAAAGCAACAUGAGAUUAUUCCUGAUAAAGAUUUCUGCUGUUAUUUUUGACUUGCUCAAAAGAACAAAAUCCAUGAUAAAUGUGAGAAAGGCGUUAGACUGCAAUGCAAUGUGAACUGUGUGUGACGUCCUGUAGAUGGACUGUGGCUUUAAGCUGUGCUUUAUAAUUAACAUGGCAUGUGGUAGAAACAAUGAGAAUGAAAUUAAUCUACUCAGAAGCAUCUCUUAACGAUUACAUUUUAAUGAAAUUAUUCAGAAAAAUGACUGAGGGGGAGUUUGUAUGUUUUGUAUGAUUUACAGAUGGUCGGCGGUUUGCUCGAAAUUUCAUUGUAAUUUUAAGGUGCACUCUGGUUUCACCUUCAGUCGCAUGUUGAGUAGUUUGAGUUUUGUAUAUUUAUUGUAUUAACACUGAAUAAAAUUCUUCUUCCGUA